AAGCUUAUCUAACAGAUGAAGAAUUGAAAAAUCGUUGUUUGCAAAAGCUUGAAACUUUUUUGAAAGAAGCUCACCUAACAGAUGAAGAAUUGAAAAAUCGUUGUUUGCAAAAGCUUGAAACUUUUUUGAAAGGUUGUGGAAGAAGUUUUCUGGAUUUUCCAACAAUGCCAAUGCCUGUUUAUAAUAUAGAAGAAGUUGAUAACAAUAAUAGAUUAAUACGGGAUAAAUUGCGUUAUAAUAAACGCGCUUUGGCAGAGGAACAUCAACAAUUAGUAAAGAAUUUGACAGAUGAGCAAAAGUCAGUUUAUGAAAAAAUAAUAAGAGAUGUGAAUGAAGACAAAGGUGGGUUUUUCUUUUUAUAUAGUUUUGGAGGAACGGGCAAGACUUUUAUUUGGAGAACUCUAUCUUCUGCCAUAAGAUCUAGAGGAAAUAUUGUCUUAACUGUUGCAUCUAGCGGGAUUGGAUCUUUGUUGUUACCAAGUGGUCGAACAACUCAUUCAAGAUUUGUGAUUCCUCUAAAUGUAACUGAAGAUUCAACAUAUAAUAUAAAGCAAGGUACUCCUAUAGCAAAUUUAAUUAUUAAGGCAAAGUUGAUUAUCUGGGAUGAGGCACCCAUGAUGCAUAGAUAUUGUUUUGAAGCUCUUGAUAAAACUUUAAGAGAUAUUCUUAGGUUUAAAGAUGCGUCCAAUUUACACCGACCAUUUGGAGGUAAAACAAUUAUUCUUGGUGGUGACUUCAGACAAAUAUUACCUGUUAUUCCAAAAGGUAGUAGGCAAGAUAUUGUUAAUGCUUCUCUCAAUUCUUCUUAUUUGUGGCCUCACUGUCAACUGUUAAAGUUAACAAAGAACAUGAGAUUGCAAGGUAAUGAAAUAGGGACACAUCUAGAUGAGUUGAGAGUUUUUUCAGAUUGGAUUUUGGCAAUUGGCGAUGGUAUAGUUGGUACUUCUGUUGAUGGCAAUGAAAAAGUCCAAAUACCAGAUGAUCUUUUGAUAAAACAAUCCGUUGAUCCAACAUCUGCAAUUGUAGAAAGUACGUAUCCGAAUUUCAACAGUCGUUGCAAUGAUAUAGGAUACCUACAACAAAGAGCCAUUCUUACUCCAACUCUUGAUAUGGUGGAAUCAAUCAACGAAUAUAUGAUUUCCCUUAAUGAAAGUUCUGAGAAAUCAUAUUUGAGUUCCGAUACAAUCUGGAACUCUAACAGUACUUAUUCAGCACUGGAACAUGUACACACUCCUGAAUUCUUAAAUACAAUUAAAUGUUCUGGAGUUCCAAAUCAUGCUCUUACGCUAAAGGUUGGUAUUCCAGUAAUGUUAUUAAGAAAUAUUGAUCAGUCAGCAGGAUUAUGUAAUGGAACAAGGUUGAUCAUAACUAAACUUGGAAAUCAAGUUAUUGAAGCAAAGGUUUUAGCGGGACAGAUGGUUGGACAGAAAAUGUUUAUUCCAAGAAUGACAUCGACGCCAUCUGAUGCUAGAAUUCCAUUCAAGUUCCAGCGAAGACAAUUUCCAAUCAUUGUAUUUUUUGCCAUGACAAUCAACAAAGCCAAGGACAGUCAUUGUCUCAUGUGGGAUUAUUUUUUAAAAAAACAGUUUUUACACAUGGACAGCUAUAUGUUGCUCUUUCUCGAGUGA